UCCAUCCAAUCCCAGAGCGGAGCAGUCGACGGCGAAGCCAACCGCAGGGAAGGGCAGGGAUCCAUCCACCUGCUCUGCUGCAGCCGGGCUCUGAGGACCCCACGUCGGUCCUCUCCGACUGCCCUGGUCAACGCCUGAGCUGAUGCUGAAGACCGCCCCCGGCCCAAACCCACGUUUCCUCGUCCCCGAUCUGCCGCAGCGCCUCUGACUACACCUGGCCUUCUUGCCCGGGCCUCUUCUCCCGUUACCCUCCUCCUCUCUCGCCACCACCGCCAGCCGGGCGCGCGUGGGGGCAGCCCUGGCUGGCAGGAGGGGGCGGGUCCUGCGACCGGAAGCCGGAAGCCGGAAACCGGAAAGGGCUCUGUGAGGACGUGUUCCGAGGAAGCCAGGGCCGGACCCGGCGCGGCCGGCGACAUGGAGCCGCUAUACCAGCAGACGCACAAGCAGGUCCAUGAGAUCCAGUCUCACAUGGCACGCCUGGAGACGGCAGACAAGCAGUCUCUGCACUUAGAAAACGAAAUCCAAGCAAGCAUAGACCAGAUAUUCAACCAUCUAGAGCGUCUGGAGAUUUUGUCCAGCAAGGAGCCCCCUAACAAAAGACAGAAUGCCAAACUUCGUGUUGACCAGUUAAAGUAUGAUGUCCAGCAUCUGCAGACUGCUCUCAGUAACUUCCAGCAUCGGCGAUACGCGAGGGAACAGCAGGAGAGACAGCGAGAGGCGCUCCUGUCUCGCACUUUCACCACUAACGACUCUGACACCACCAUCCCAAUGGAUGACUCGCUGCAGUUCAACUCCUCCCUCCAGAAAAUUCACCACGGCAUGGAUGACCUCAUUGGAGGAGGGCACAGUAUUCUGGAGGGACUAAGGGCCCAGAGACUGACUUUGAAGGGGACUCAGAAGAAGAUCCUUGACAUUGCCAACAUGCUGGGCUUGUCCAACACAGUGAUGCGGCUCAUUGAGAAGCGGGCUUUCCAGGACAAGUACUUUAUGAUCGGUGGGAUGCUGCUCACCUGUGUGCUCAUGUUCCUCGUGGUGCAAUACUUGACAUGAGCUGACUGAGCCCAGUGGCUGCACAUUGUUCCCACUGCAUUUGAAUCUGUGUGAGUGUGUGUGCGUGAGAGAAUGGGGGGACCCCAGAGGCUGCCUCCUGAAAUGUAUGCCCUUCUCAACUGUGAAGACCACUUGGAAGUAACUGUCAUCUGUAACCUGGUGGGAGUUUCAAACCUGCCCUGUUGUCUGUGACACCAUGGAGGGGGAGCUAGUGCCACCAAGAUGCACAGUACUUAGGAAAUGAAAGGAGUACCUGUUCUCUCUCUCUCCCUCUCUUGCCCUCAUGGGGGAGGAAGUGACAGAAGGGUAAGGGAUGAAGAAGGAAGCGGGAGGGAAAGAACAGCUUCGCUGGUUUCUAGCUAACACGCACCCUGAGAUUUCAUAGUGAGCCUUUCAGGUAGGACUGUCCGCUUCAUCACCAUCUGGCCUUUCUGGCUCCUUGUGGAAAGGUCAGAGCAGAAGCAAAUAGAAGGAAGGGAAGGAGGCCUUCUUUUCCCGUGUCCUUGUAACACAUGGAUUUCCAUGCUCUUGCUACCAGCAUCCCCCACCCUCAGUGACAGGCAGAUGACUAACUGCUGGUACUUGUCACCCUUCCCUGGAAGCAGCUACCUAGAGGAAACAGAGGCACCGAUGCCAUUGCAGUCAGCAAGUAAGAUUUUCCACAUUAAGGUUGUUGGGUGUUCCUCCUUUCUAAAAUAAGGCCAGUAUUAUUCCCUGAGAAUGUUCAGUCUUGGGACUGAGGCCCCUAAUCACUGAUUCUUUCCCAGUGGUUAAUAGAAUGGGUGGCUGCUGUGGUUUCAGGACUGCCACCUGGCAUCAUGCCCAGGCACUGGUGGGCCUCUGCUCCUGUCCACCACCGCCCCCCACCCCCACCCCGAAAGCCACUGUGCAUGGGGGUUAGUGAUGUACCAUCACAGCGUCUUCUCUAGUUUCAGCGUCCCUGGUUCUCUGGCUCUCUUCCCUUCCCCGAAAUCUACUAGCAUCUGCCAGCCAGUCCCCCAUUCUUCCCAGCCAGCAUGGGCAGGGACCACCCCGGAGACAGCCCUGGUGUCCUGUGUGUCUCUGCUGUCGGACCAGGACCUCUUUCCUUCUCUGACCAACCCCAGGUUAAGGCUAUAUCAGUACCUGGUGUGUUUUGCGAUUUCUUGUAAAGCCAGCUGCUCUGUUGUAGCUGAGCACUGCAUGUACUAGAAAGACCUAGCGUGUGUUUUCAUCUGUCACAGGCCCUGCCUGCCCCAGGCUCAGUACCUUAUAGCAAGAUGUAAAAUAAUACUGAGAAUUUCCCAGAACUGGAUCCCUGGUCAGUAUUAACUCCACCUGUGAUUGCCUUGCCCCAUGUGUGUCCUGGGUUUGUUUGUUUGUUUGUUUGUUUGUUUGUUUGUUUUGUCACCUGGACUGUCAUCUGUUUUCCUUCUCUAUGUGUGUUCUAUUCCACCUCCUUUAUUUACCUCCCACCUGUUUCUGUAGCAAUAUUUGUCUUUUCUAGCAUACUUUUUGGCAAGUGUUUCAUAAUUGUCACAGAUUUUUAACAUGGGUUUCCCAGGUGCUGAUUUCAUAGUUGGUGGGUUCUCCAUGGCUCCUAGCUCCCUGUGCUAAACAGGGGCCCUGGAUUUCCAAGGAAGGGGAGGGAACUGUGACCCCUUCAUAAAAGGGUUGAGGGCCCCACCAGAGUAAGAAUGGUGGCCCAGAGGGUAGAUAGCUGUCUAGGCAUCUUUAGACCUAGGUCUGACUUUGGGGAGGUGAAAUUUGCAGCACCCUCAGCACCCCUGCCAGCACAAGGAUCUUAGCAGUCUAUAAAAAAGGUUCUUAAUGCACAGACCCGGUUGUCCUAUUCCCUGGGCAUCUGAGGAUCCUGCCAAAGAGCAUCCUUUAGAGGAAAGUGUAUAAGGAACAACUAAGCCCUGCAGACCUGGACUUGGGGACACAGAAAAUCCCCCUAGCACCUCUCCCCCUGCUUUGCUGUUGUGAUAGGUCUGUUCAUAGUGUACACCAGUGUGUUCGCACACUUCACAGUGAGUGCUGGCCUUGAUGUACCAGAAGUAAGACUUUCCGUCCUGCUGUACUUUCAGAGCCAUCCUCCCCACUUGGUAAUAAAAAUCAUAGAGGCAGUUUGUGGGUCUUUGCCGCCUGGGGCUAGGGAAUGGCAGCCACAUGGUGUCUGGAGGCCCAGAGAGAUGGGGAAGGCACAAGUUGACUUUCAGUGUCCUGUGUGAAACACACCUUGGCCUAUCUGGGUGCUACUGUUUCCAUCAACCACCAACACCCCCUACCCUAACCCCCCGUGUAGGGAAGGGUUCCAGGCCAGGGAAGGAGCACCCUCUAGUGGAGCUGGGGUGAAAUCUUAAAACAGGCAGGUCUGUUGGCGGCAUCUGCGACCUCAUACAAGAUUUGAGUGUGCCUGUUGAAGACAGAUGGGUUGGUUGUCAAGGAACCGGGAAAUAGCUUCAUUCCAGGGGAGUUUGCUCCAGGUGCAACUACCUUAAGAAAAACCAAACUCAAGGACCCAAAAGUAAGUAGGAGCGUCUUGAUUUCAUAGGAGGCCUCACUGCUGGGUUUUUCCCAAAAUCUUUUGCCCUUAAUGAAUUUAGAUGGGUCUGAUUUGCAGAUUUGGAUUUAUACCCCUUGUUUUUGAAACAUCAGUUAAAGUUGAGGUUUACAUUUUAUUUAGAAAAUUAUAUUUUGUCACUACUCUUUUUUAAAGUUUCAGGCCUGAGAUUCUCACACACAGCUCCAUGGCCAGGGUUAGGCUGGCUACCUUAGAAGCAGCUGGGAAACUUUUUUAAAAUUGUAGGUUCCUGGGGUCUAUCCCAAACCUUCUAAAUUAGAAUAUUUUUUAAAGUCUAAGGUAAUUCUGAUGUGUGUAUUUUGGAACCACUGUCUUUUUAGACAGAAGGCUUUUGUCUUAAUCAAAGAUGAUACCAUUUUAAAGUAAAUGCUGAAUUCGAUAGGGAUCUGUGUAUAAAGAGCAAAACUUUUAUCAAUGUCCAAAAUAAAAUCUCACUUGUUUAUAUCCUA